GGAAGUAGCUGUCAGAUCUGUGGCUGCAGGAUGGAGAGGAAGCUGCACAGUGUUUGAAAAAGAAACUCAACAAACAGGCUGAACACUGACAGGUUUUCACCGAGCAGACAUGAAGACAGUGUUUGUGACUGUCGGCACCACGAGUUUUGAUGAGCUCAUUACAAACAUCACGUCCUCAGAGGCCGUCCAGGCUUUAAAGGCUCGUGGAUAUGAGCGUUUGGUUCUUCAGGUUGGAAGAGGAUCCCUCCUUCCAGAUGCUGACAGCUGUCCUCACAUCAGACUGGAGGCUUUUCGAUUCAAAGACUCUAUAGCAGAGGACAUGAAACAGGCUGACCUCGUCAUCAGCCACGCAGGGGCAGGAAGCUGUUUGGAGGCGCUCGGUGCAGGCAGACCGCUGCUGGUCGUCGUCAAUGACAAGCUGAUGAACAACCACCAACUGGAGCUGGCCAGGCAGCUACACUCGGACUCCCACCUGCUGUACUGCACAUGCACAACACUGACAGAAACGCUGACGACCAUGGACCUCUCUGUUCUUCAGCCCUUCUUGCCUGGACAGCCGAAAUAUUUUGCAAACUUUCUAGACAAAGCCCUCGGCAUUCAGUGAAACUUUAAUUUUACAGCACUGGUUUUUUUCCUGUUACACUAAAGUGUGAUGAUUUUCAGAAUAUCAUGUCGUUGCCGAACUUUGGAGUCUUUUCUAUUUCUGUAAUAAUGUAAUACAUGUAAUAUAUGUCUAAUAAUAUUUGUCUAAUUUCA